AUGCCAUCCGAUCCAUCAUCAUCAUCAUCGACCACGACAACAACAGCAUCACCCAUUCCAUGUCCUCUUCCACCUCCCAUCGAGCAAUGCAAAUAUAGUUUUGAAAUGGAUCAUGCCAUGUUCGGAACGAGUCGAGAUCAAUGGACAAGUCCUUCUCCGUAUCGUUCGUUUUAUGAUGAUCCAUUAUCAUCACCAUCAUCGUUAUUAGGAACUGGUCAAAAGGGAGAAGGACACUCCUCAUCAUCCUCAUCAGUAUCGACCACACCAUCUGUUGAGUCAUCAUGGAACCAAAACAAUCAAGGCUCGAUGAAUCAAUUUCCAAAUAUGGGUAAUAACGGGAUGAUGAUGAAUAGUGGACAGAAUUCUUCAACUAUCAUGAAUACCAACAACAACAACAACAAUACUAAUGGAAAUAUUGCUUCCAAUAAUACCACAAAUUACAAUACAAAAUCCAAUGAUGAUGAUGAUGUCAACCUAUAA